AUGGCCCAAGAAAGAGGCAGUGCAAUAAUGUGCAUGACUGUAAUGUUAUGCAUGAUGGUUUGCUUUAAGACGAGCUUUGCAACCACUUUCAUGGUGGGUGAUGCCUCCGGUUGGGGUUUUGGUGUCAAUAAUUGGCCCAAUGGAAAAAGCUUCAAGGCUGGUGAUGUCCUUGCAUAUGAAGCAUGCAAAGUGCCGUUAAGUGCACCCGCAUUCAAGACGGGAGAUGAUCUAAUCACCCUUAACAAAGGCGAUAAUUAUUUCCUCUGCGGUUUUCCCGGCCACUGCGAGGCUGGAAUGAAAAUAGCCGUUAGAGCUACAUAA